CCCCGUCGCCGUCCCACUACUUAGUCGGCCAACUGAGGUUGUCGGGGAACGAGGUGCGAACGGUGUCUGCCAAUUCAAGGGAAGCGGCGCUUCAACUCGCAUACGACUCUUGAUAUCAAAAGCGCACUGAAGGAAAUGCAGUCAGCUGGUCAAGAGGACGAAGAGCGCAGCAGCCGCAGCGUCGAUGAGAAGCAGCCGAGCAACUCCAUUCUAACUGAAUGGAUUGGCAUGGGGAGAAGCGGACCUCAGAUCACGGCUAAGCUGCAGCUUUGGGACUGUGUAACGCUGACGAUGGUUGUCAUUUCGCUGCUCUAUCCACCAGCCUACUGUCAGCAGUGUCGCAUCCAACGCUGCAAUGCCGAGUACGUGGCGGCCACCUCACCUUCAAACGGCCUGCAGGAGGACGCUCCGCUCGACGUGGACUACUGCAUCGCGCUGCGGGCCUACGCCCUGUGCACCCGCCGGCAGGCCCGCAGCUGCCGCGGUGACCUGGUCUACCAUUCGGCCGUCUUCCGCAUCAAGGAGCUAUUCUCUCAGCACAACUGCUCCAGCGACGGACCCACGUCCUCCGCCAAGGUCCCCAGCACGUCCCGGCCGGCCGUGUCGGAGCUGUGCAACUACGAGAACCGGGUUCUCGCCGCCGGUUCUGGCGGCCCGCAGAAGAAGUACGCCCAUUGUGGAUUAUUCGGAGACCCUCACCUACGGACUUUCCGGGACGAGUUUCAAACCUGCAAAGUGGAAGGGGCGUGGCCUCUGAUCGACAACCGCUUCCUGUCCGUGCAGGUGACCAACGUCCCCGUGGUCCUUGGCUCCAGCGCCACUGCCACCAGCAAGAUCACAGUCAUCUUCAAGUCAUAUCACGGCUGCACGGACCAGAAAGUAUACCAGGCCACCACGGAUGACCUUCCGAUGGCCUUUCAGGACGGCACUCGCAGCGGUGGCGAGAGCGGCAGCCUGACCAUCACGGAGCGCGGCGGCUCCGGAACGGGCCGUCAAGUGAAAAUCCAAGCGCGCUACAUUGGCACGUCCAUCAUCGUGCGGCGCGUGGGCAGCUACCUGACCUUCGCCAUCCGCAUGCCCGAGGACACGCUGGACUUUUCCGAGGACAAUGGCGGCUUGCAGCUCUGCCUGCACGGCUGCCCGCGAAAUGAGCUCAUCAAGGAGCACACGCUGGGUCGCCAGAGCCAGCAGCACCGGCAGCAGCCGGGCGCCUCCACCGAGUUGGGUCCGCUGCGACCCCCUCACCAGGUCUACACGGUGGAAAGAGCCACGGCCAAGUGCCGAGAGACUCUGCAGGUGGAGGACGUUUACUUUCAGUCCUGCGUAUUUGACUUGCUGACCACGGGAGAUCCGGAGUUCUCCAUGGCGGCAUACGGCGCUUUGGAGGAUUUAAAAGCGCUACCGCCCAGCAAACUCAAGCAGAACUCCCCGAGGAGUCCGCGUCUGUACAACCGAGGGGCGUCACAGACGGUAGCGGUCAACGGCUCGGCUUCUGUUCUCACACUCCUACUCCUCAUUGUGCUGCAUUUGUAAAAAAAAAAAAAAAAAAAUCUAAAUAUGUUUAUGUGUGUGUAAAACGUACGAAAAAGACAGGUGGAAGCAUCACCAGCUUGAGGAAAGAGUGACCAAGGUUUUUUUUUUUGUAAAUAUAAAAAUCCCACUUCAUCUUUAUCAUACCGUGCAGUUUCUCCAGUUGUAGCAACAGCACUUACGGUCACAAUAUCAACAGCAUGUUUUGUGUAUUUAAAUGUUCUUUCACAAUAUGGCAUGCGAAAUACACAAGCUCCAACAACUAUAUGUAAAAACUACCUAGCCACUGUACAGCACAUCUAUGUAAGGCAUUUGGUCAUUUUGUGAAGCACUCCCUCUUCAAGCUGUUUGGCUUCCAGUUCUAAAGAUUAAGAAAAAAAAAUCUUUAUAUAAUAAUAUAUUGAAAGAGUGUAUAUAUGUGUUUUAUAUUGUGUACAUUGGCUGAUGUAUAGUUCUUUAACUGUGUUACAUUUGUUGUGUUCUGUAGGCUAGUUUAGUAAAUAAACUAAUGUGUUGUUCCCUAUGUAAUUUUACAUAUUAAAGUGUUCUACACUCAC